GUUGUCCAGCAGCAGAGUUGUUCUGGGAUCAGUUCUUCUGCCCCCCUGUGGGUAAAGUAACCACCGCAUGGGAGUGAGUACCCUGCCACCAAGGUUAGUCAUUAACCUUGUCUUCUCAGUCAUUCAGGGCACCAAAGAAAGCGGACAGCAGCAAUCUGUCCGAGGCAUGCUGCCACUCUGCCGCCACAUCUCACCAUGGGCGAUUGGAACCACUGUGAACGCGAGCGGGCUUUGUCCAUAGAGGACGGCGUUACUGUGGUGUUUCACAAAGUUGACAGCCAUGGCACAAACAACAGCGGCAACGGCGACGACAGUGGCGACGAUGAGCGGACAACAGCCACGAUCCACUUGCAAAAUAACUGCCAUGUGUCGUGUGAUUACGAGGAUGGUGAUGCUGAGGAAGCAAAGGGAAGGGGAAAUUCACCGGAAGGCAGCGCGAGGAAAUCAUUGUGUCCGACGGCGUUUUGCGUCAGAGACAAGCUCGCACCCCGAGAAGACUCAGAGAAACCAAAGAGAUGUCCAGGUCUGGGUUUGUUCUAUGCUUUCCUGGCCACAGUUUUCUUCUCCAUCAUUGCACUCUUGGUGAAAACCAUCGAGGGAAUCCACGCCAUAGAGAUCAGCGCCAUACGCUGCUUCUUCCAGAUGCUCUUUAUUAUGCCGUUACUCAUCUACCACAAGACAGGUUUUCUUGGUCCCAGAGACCAACGGAUAUAUCUGGUGCUUCGAGGCUUCAUUGGUUCCAAUGCCAUGAUCCUGCUCUUCUAUGCUGUUCAGCAGAUGCCGCUAGCGGACGCCACCGUCAUCAUGUUCAGUAAUCCAGUCUUUACCUCCAUCCUGGCCUGGAUCUUCCUGAAGGAGAGAUGCACAAUCUGGGAUUGUGUCUUCACUGUUUUCACUAUCACUGGAGUCCUCCUCAUCGCAAGACCGCCAUUCCUAUUUGGUGAUCAUCGACGUAGCAUUGAGGGCAACUACAACAGCCACAUCAAGGGAACUAUUGCUGCAUUUGCAGCUGCUAUUGGGGCUGCUUGUACAUUCGUUAUCCUUCGAAAGAUGGGGAAGAGCGUCCAUUACUACCUCUCCGUCUGGUACUACGCUGUCAUCGGGUUCAUCGAGUGCCUCAUCGCCAUAUCCGUCCUCGGAGAGUGGAAAAUCCCGAAUUGCGGCCGCGAGCGCUGGCUGCUGAUGCUGAUAGCUGUCCUGGGUAUUGCCGGACAGACCUUCCUCACAAAGGCCCUGCAGAUCGAGAAGGCUGGACCUGUGGCCCUGAUGAGGACUAUCGAUGUGGUGCUAGCAUUCAUCUUCCAAUUUAUUUUCCUCAAUCGGGCACCAACCUUAUGGAGCCUGGGAGGGGCGCUGUGCGUGGUGGCGAGCACGAGUGGAGUAGCUUUUCGGAAGUUGUACGUCAGCUCACGCAAAAGCUGAGAAGGAGGAGCAUGAUAGAGUACUUUGGUAUUACUAUUUAUUCUUUUUUCACCAUCAUAUGUUCUUAAUUAAUUCUGUAUUUUACUUGUUACUUAGAUGCAAACCUGUGAGAGAGUUUAAGCUCUUUGGAAAUCAAGUAGAGGUCAGUUUUGAGUUUAUGAUUAAAUUCAAAACUGAAUUGUGUACAUCUAUACAUGUUGACUCCUGAGAGUCAACUUGUGUAACUUAGGUUAUGCAUUUAUUUUUGUGAACACAUCUCUGAAAGAAUUAGGAGGAAGGAAAAACUGUCCAGUUCCCUGCUUACUAUCCGCAUACUCAAGACAGUUUUCCUAUUUCCUCCUUAAUAAAAUAUGUACAAUUUAAAUGGGACUGAAAGUUCACUUUUACCAGAAGCGAGUGGUUAAAUGUAGGAUUUUCUCAGUCUCAUUUUCUAUUUCUUCUACCUGACUGACAUAGCAAAAGAGAACACAUUUAUUGGGACCAGCCACACUGUGUUACAUAACUUUGCAAUACUAGUAUACUGAAAAAAGACUACUAUAUAAUUCAUGCUGUGGUAGUUGAAGACACCAUGGAAUGAAUAUCUGCAAAAAGUACUUGUAGGAUCAAUCUCUCAAUAAGGAGAGGAAGUGCAAACCAAAAAUGGAGCAUCUAAAUAAGCAAACAAAUCAAGUUAAUAGAAAGAUAUUGCAGAUAUUUGAGUCCACAAGAAAUACAAACAUUAGAGUAAAACCCAAAUGAAGGUUAGAAUGUUUUAAAGAAUUGUACUAUUUACUCAGGGAUUUCUUGUCUUAUGUGAUUAUAAUGCCCCUAAUAUGAAUGACACCUGAAUCCAACCCAAUGCAAUUCAUGAAGAAAUCAUUUCUUUCUUUCUCCUGUCUCCUCUAACGUACUACAUGAUAAUAAGCUGAUAUCAACUGUUAUACAAUCCAAAGUUGAUCAUUUCUUAACGAUAUCUUUGAAGUGCCUUGAGUAGGGAACUUUAACCUCAAGCUUCCCUUAGUGGAGCUCCCCAGUAACCAGCAGCUUGUACUGGGCAGCUAUCAGGUGGGAAUGUUAAUAUGAACAGAGGUUCUUGCAUAAAAAAAGAAGAUCCAUCCCAAUAACUACUGUUCUUAUUUUUUAAAGAUUUUAGACAGCAUUUUAACGAGUCACCUACAUUCAUUGCUGUUAUCCUCACUCUGAUGUCUUCAUUAUCUCAUGUCAACUCUAUAGCACUUAAUGUCAGCGUGACCGAUCUAAUUAGUGUUCUCAAGGGUCUAAAAAUAUAUUUUCCAUGCUACGUAUAGAGGGGUGUUGUUUGCACUUUGCUACAGGGUAGAAAAAGUGUCAGAAACCUGCCACUAUAACUCAACAAAUGAAGCAAGCAUCCAAGCGGCUGUAUGCGAGGAUUGCUGAAUAAUAACGUCCUUUUAUGUGAGAGUUGAAUAACUGAAAAAACCCUGCAGCCAAAAAGCCGAUGUUGAGGUUUUACAUCUGAGGUAACUUGUUUUUGUAAAUUCAAAAUGGCAAUCUGUUAUUUUUGUACCAGGCAGAGGAUGUAUGUAGAUGCAUGGGUUAUUUGAAGAAACAAGGAGCUAGACUCAAAAUUAGACAAAAAAAUAAAUGUAACGGAAACAUUCAAAGCAAAAAUGUAUUGGAUGUUAUGCUUAAAGCAUGUUGUGUUUAUCUUUUGGCACUAAAAGGUCGCCGUGCUGUCCUCCACUGCUUGUGUUAUUGUUCGUAAUAAACUCAUGAAAAACCUAUAUUUUAAGUUAGAUGGGUCUCUAGCACAGCAGUGUUUGUUUAAAUAUGCUGUAUUUUUACACUUCACCAGGGGCAUAACAGAUGAAGUCCCUGUACAACUACACUUCUCUUGCUGGAAGGUUUAAUUGGGUGAAAUAUAGCUGGGAAAAGGAAGGAAAUAAUUGCUGCUAGACUGCUGGUUAGUAUCCUGCAGUUUCUUCCUUGCUGCUUUCUUACAAACUGCUGUUUCUGCUCUCGUGGUUUAAAAACGAUGUCAGCACUCAAUUAUAGUUCUUCCUUUUUAUGUAGAACUAAUAAACUGAACUCAGUUUUAAACAAGUCAAACACGUAUUCCAAUAGGAAUAUUUAGAUUUAAAAUGGAUAACAGUAUGAUAUCUGAAAUCCGAAACAAAGCAAUGCACUCGAUACCAUGCUGGAGAAAGAGCUCUUCUAUGAGAGCUAAUUUGAUUUUAAUUUACAUGUAAUUUGCUGUGGUUAUUAUAAAAAGGACAGAUAUUAUAUUUUAUUAUCAAAACCGACAAAAAUACAUUAUUUUUAAAGGGUAGAACAUAGUCAACUGAUUAUUAUAUCUUCACUAUUCAACAACCCCUGGGAUAUAAUUAAUCGUUCAAGGGUUGAAUAGUAACAUCAUUCAAAGGUGUGAAAACUAAUUAAAUCAGACACAUGUGAUCCCAGCCUCAUACUUUAGUGUGAAUGGAUAUAUUUAAUCAUUGUUGGCACAUCAAGCUGUUACUCCAGAUGUUCAGAGGCUAAUUUUAUGUUAUUCUUGUUUGAUUUUCUCUUUACCUCCUAGAACAGUUUAGUUGACUUGAAUGCUGGUAGCACAUUGUGUUGUAUUUUUAUCAAAUGGUAAGGUAAACUUUUGUUAGGUAAACUAGUUUCAGAAACCUGUAAGCCUUACAAAACAAGCUGUUUUAAAGGGUUUUAAACUAUGCUUUAAUAGUAUUUAUUUGACUAUUUCUGUACUGUAGUUCAUCCACAUAUUGAAUACGAUGUUUGUAUUUCUUCAUAGUGAUAGAAUAUAUUUAGUAAACUCUGAUUUCAUAAUAAAUUCUUUAUGGAUUUUCUUA